GUGUCAACACUGUCAGCCAACCUGUCACCGACUUAGAGACUUACCGACCUCCUUAAAAAUAACAGAUUUCGGUUUCCUGAACAACUAGAACAAUUUACAUCACUUCCAAUCCACUAUAAUCUAGUCUAAAUUUAAGUACUGCCUGAAAUUUGGUGUGCUGUUUUUUUUUUAUUAAAUUAAUUUUAAUUCAUCACAAAGGUAAAGGUGCUGUGCUGGUGUAUGUGAAAGAUCAAAAUUUGUAUUCAUGUUAUCUCUGUUCAUCAUCCGUUUUCUACACAUUCCAUCACGAAUUUGAAUAAUAAUAAUUAUUACUCAUAAUAUUUUAAUCAGGCAACGAUGUGGAUGCCCACACAUGUUCAAGUUACUGUUCAGAGAGCCGAGGGUCUACUCCUCAAGGGUAAAAAUAAUACCAAUGACUGCUUUGUCACAAUUGCUUUGGGGAAAACAAAGUAUCAGACUUCAGUAAAAGAAAAGUCUCCUCAACAAGUUGAAUGGCAUGAAGAAUGUGAACUGGCAAUACCAGACCAAGGCAAUACAGCAGAAAUCGUUCUCACAGCAUUACAUCACAACUAUCUUGGAAUUGACGAAUUUUUAGGACGUGUGGCUAUACCACUAAAUUCGUUGGAUAUAUAUGAACGACCCAAGAAUAAAUGGUUUACAUUGCAGAGCAAACCAGGAAAAGAGGGUAAGAAAAAAGAAAGAGGCCGCCUAGAAGUGAAAGUCGGUUUCAUCGUCAAAUCGGGCAGCCUCACCAACCUGAGCAAGAAAGAGAAGCACAAGUCUUCGAUCGGCCAGCUGUCGCACGUGGCCCAAUCGGUAGGUGGUAGCCUUAUGAGUCUCGGUAGUGCCGAGAAGAGGAAGGGCAUUAAGAAGUUCGCCAAAUCGAUUGGGUCCAAGAUGAACUUGAAGGGCAAGAAGAAAGACGGAGGAUCGGAGUACGAAGGAUCUUCCAUCGGUAGCGUCGGCAGUCUGAAGAUCAGGAGUGGGACUUUUGAUAGGUUCAAGAGUAGACAGACGCCUGAAGAUGCUGAUCCAGGGGUCGUUAGUGACGAAGACGAAUUUACGUUUGAUGACUUGUCCAAUAAGAGUUCAGCAAGUUCUCUUAGUCAGACAAACACUAACAGGACUGCCUCCCCAGUGGUUAAGACAACAUCAGUGGAGAAUAUCUUGCCUACCGAAAUUGUCAAGAAAAACACCUCAGGAGCUGUCCCACCUGCAAAACCUCCGAGGAUCGAACAGAAAUCACCGCCCCAAGAUGAAUGGGAAUCUAAACUUGUUGGGAACAAGCCCAGGGUUGGUCUAAGGCCUGGCAGCAGUGAAUCCCUAAACCGCAGAUCUUGGGACUCUUCCAAACUAGCUUCUCAAAUAGAAGAAGAACCAACAGAUCUUCUCGAAGUGCCCACGAUUAAACUAGAUACCCAAAGCUUGAAAUCGAAUAAAUCGCCAGAACCUCCCAGAAAAGAUAUGAAGGAAGGAAUGUUUUCCAAAUUCAAAAAUUUUAGAAAAGAUAAAAUCGAAAAUAACUCGGAGCACGAUAAGCCAACUGGUAACUCAAAUGAACGUAUUAUUAUAGGAGGAGAAACUGAAAUACGUAUCCCUGUCAAUAAUCGUCUAUCAAAUGAGUUGCUUCAAAAGUUCGAUGGAAAAACACGAGAGGAUUUGAUACUAUCCUUAAUUGACACCCAAACUGACUUGGAAAAACAGAAAAAGAAAUUGAAAGAUUUAGAAGAUUAUUUAGAUGACCUAUUACUCAGGGUAAUGGAAACGACGCCACGUAUUCUACAAAAUCCUUAUGUCACCUACAAGCUGGGGCAACAUAAAAAAAUAACUGGUUGACGCAAUCGGCAUCAACGCAUUCGACAUCUUUGUGCCAGUGAUUUGCAGAAUCUACAAAAAGCUUUCACAGAAGUAUAUAUUUUUUGUUAUUGUUAUUUGGUUGUACCAGAAGAAUCAUCACGUCUUCCUUUUUUCUGCAUCACAAUCCACAACUUAAUUCAUAGUUGUAUCAGCAAUUUAUUUUAUUUGUGAUAUAUUUUUGACUCUCGGGACACCUAGAUCAUUUUAUAAACAAUUAAAUAAUUAAACUGACACCCUGAACGGG